UAAAAAUGGCAGCCUCCAUCACAAGGUUGAGUUACUGCAGACUCUUUAAAGUUUCACAAUCUUUUGGUACUUUCAGAGAAGACUUGCGAGUACUGAAUAAUGCGUAUCUACAUAUUUCUUCUGUAAAGCUACAUAAAGUACAUAGCCAGAAAAAGAAAAAGGUCAAACCUAUGGAUCCUAGAAAAAAUACUCAGUAUCCAUAUUUUCCUGGUGACCCAGUUCAAGAAGAUGCAGUCAAAACUCUCAAUAAUGAAAAAGAUCAGUUAUUUAAACUGAAUGAAGUAAACAAAAAGGUUUAUGAGCAAAAGCUUCAUGAGAUUUCUAAACAUAGUGCAGCAAAUGCAUUACAGAAAACUCCCUCAGGACUAAUGUACGAAACAUUAAAAGAAGGUGAUGCUAGACUAGGCCGAACCGUUAUUGAAGCAAAAUCUACUGGUCACAACAAAACUUCAGAUCUUAUUGUCUUAGAAGGCCAAAGACUAAUCAAAGAUGCUCUCAAAAUGGGUGCCAAAGCUAAGUGCAUAUAUUUUUGUGAGUUUGAUGUCUUGGAUGGGCUCACUCCGGAACUUCUUCAAGAUGUGAAUUUAUACAAGAUUUUAUACCGGGACAUGAAAGUAUGGUCAGACACAAAAACACCAUCUGGUAUUUUAGGCUUGUUUGAUAAGCCACAGCCUGGGGAAGUGCUUGCACAUUCCAAACAGCAAGUCCCCAUUACACUUAUCUUUGAUAGCUUGAAGGACCCUGGAAAUGCUGGGACACUGAUUCGUACUGCUGCGGCUGUUGGGUGUGAACGUAUCAUAACGACUACAGGCAGUGUGAAUGUGUGGGAGGGCAAGGUUAUUAGAUCUGCUAUGGGUGGGCACUUUUGUGUUCCAAUCUACUCUGGACUCAGCUGGUCGGAGGUUCAUAAUUAUGUUACAGAAGGCACACAAGUUUUUCUAGCCAAUUCAAGGCCAUCUCAUAUACUGGAGAGAUCUUUUGACCAACAAAUGGCUCUUGAAGAUUUACAAGUUUCAGAGGAUCUAGACUUGUCUGAUUCUGAUAAUGAAUAUGAAAAAGAUAAUGAUGCCAUGGAGUCGGAGAUGAGAAAGAUCUCAGUGGAUAAACAUGCAGAAGACAAGGCCUAUCCAUUUCACAAUGUACCCUUGGUGGUCAGUGAAUAUUCUGAUAUUAAGAUCAACUUCCCCCCAGACCAGGGCCGGCCACAUGUUGCUUUAGUUGUUGGUGGGGAGACAGAAGGACUCAGUGCAUUAGCAAAAAGAUUUGCCUUUGAUCACUAUGGACAGUACGUGACUAUACCAAUGACAGAGUUUGUCAACAGCCUGAAUACUGGUAUAGCUGGAAGCAUUAUUUUAUACGAGUUGCGAAAAAAGUUGCUAAAGUAAUAAUUUUUUUUUUUUCUGUUAUCUUCAUGUAAUGAAAUCUAAAUACAUAAUG